CUGAGCUCCAUGUGGGACAUCAGCUUCUUGCGCAAACCCACUCGUAGACUGGCUGGUCUAACAGUGUUCAUAUUUUUCAUGAGAUUUUUUGUACUUAUCAACCCAUUGAUGCAUAGUAUGGGACUGCUAGUUAUAAACAGCGCCCUUUUGGAGUAGCUACGCGGGCUACACAACGACGUCAUUUGUUGUAUUGGCCGACAUGUCUGGUGUGGACCUUUACAAGGACGCUUUAGCACUAAGGUUUUUGUUUGGCGGUCUUGGAUCUCUCGUUGGUCCACUAAUUGUAGGUUGGUUGCUGGAUAUAACCGGAGACACAAGACUUUCCUUCUACUUCAUGGGUAUUUCCUGCAUGCUUUGUGUCGUCAUCCUAUGUGGGCUCCUAUAUUGGCUAACAAGAAAGACAGACGUACAAAGCAUCGCCUUAGUCGAACUACAAGGAGACGGAGAGUCGAACAUUAGCGAGCAGGAAUUGGUGGAGGCCGAGCAUGAAUGGGUCGAUAUACUCGAUGAUCCUAUUAUCACUCACAUGUGAGAGCCUCGCGUCGAUUUUCAACUACAACCGCAACGCCCGUAGCGGAAAGUAAACGCUGCUAUCACCACAGCAUGCGACCUAGCUACCGAGAUGCCAGCGUCGCUUGUAUCAGUUGACGGCAACGUCUUCAGCGAUAGCUACAGACUCAAACGCAACACUUUUAACAUCGUUACACUGAGUUUCUCUGUAUACGAUAAGAUAAAGUGAUCCGCUGCACCAAGACUUUGUGUGUGAUGGCUAAGCUGGUGGACCACGCGCUUCUGCUGUGGGCAUCAGCAGUGAAUGAGACAAAGGACUGGACCUGAAGCAGCCGGAAGACUACCUCGGUUAUAGUCAGCUCCACACAGAUGCCGUGCUCUAGCUGUCACUAUAUCUCGUGUAUGGGAUACCGACACGUAUAGGAAUAUAAAAUAACCAAUAUACCAACGUUAGUUGAUUUUUAUUGAAAUGCGCCUGGAAACGGGUCAAUUCGCCAAUCAGGAAGCGGGUCUUUUUAUUUACCUUGACUAGGUGUGUCGUAAAGAUAUCGAUGGUUAUAAAGGACUGACGCGAUGCAGAUUUGAAAGUCUUUCACAAGGUAAGAGAUUUGUAUACGUUAAUCAUGCACUAGGCGAGAGUUGCCUGCUACGCACGUAACGUACACAUGAUGCAUUAUAUGAUGUGAUAUAUGUGAUGGAGCACAA